ACCGGGGCCACUCAUAACUUAUAUAUGCCGUGGCAGAAUCUUUGUAAUGUCUGUGAUGUUUUCCUUGUGCAUCAAGGAGCAAGGUACGAUCGUUCGUGUCACCUUCUGUAAUCUCGGACGGUCGCCUUACCCGAGUGCGCAAUCGCGAUUAUGAGGCAAGGGUCAGAAAAUUGCUCUCUGGUAAGCCAAAUAUGCCAGGUUGGCUUGAGUGUCAUCACUUCCAGAAUCGACUAAUGGCGUUCCCGUCAGUCGACUGCCUGGCAAGGACAAGUGUAAUCGGAACUGGUGUUUGUUGGGAAUCCAGGCUCUCGGACUCGAAUAUCCCAGUAGUACUGGGUCGGCAGUGUACUAAAUGGCUUGAAGCCGAAGAGGGCCCUCGGAAGAAAUAUCUUGCUGGCGUUCCGCCCCCGGACGACCGACAGUGGGGCAGCCGGGCCGGGAAUGGUGGGGUUGAGAACUUGAAGGUGCCAGCGUCCAGCGACCUGGGCAGUUUAAAGUGCGCCGAGGUGGGACGGUCCCUGCAAAAGAAGACGUGCCCACAGUUCCCUGCAUACAAUGACCCCACUCAGUCAAACCCAUCAAACGUCACUUUCCCAACGCUUCUCGGAGGGUCGCGCCAUGUCUUUAACGGCAAUUUGCAUCUGCAGCUCGGUCGCAAUACUUUCCCCUCCUCCAACAAUGAGAACUUCUUGAGGGUUUCACUUGCAAAAAUGGCGCCCAGUCUUCUCUCUUACGUCCCAAUCGUCAACCUCUUCGUCUCAGACGGCGAAAAGGCGCAAAUCAUCAACAUUCCCCCUGUCGAAGUUCACGAUGUCGAGACCGACCACGACCGGCGAGCGAGAUGCCUCAAGCACCUGCUGAGAGCCAACCACGUCAACCACUCCAUAAUCUACCACAACCUCCAAUUCGACAACCACACGGCACACGUUCUUUCGUCUGCGUAUCUGCUAGGUGCGAACGACCGCCAGCUCCAGAAUAUCUACGAAGCCGAAGCGAAGGAGCUGGAGCCAUGGAAGGAGUCUCCCGCCGAGGUCACUGAUGAUGACUGGAGAGACCUCCUCGGCGACAAGACAUACCAGAGGGCCUACGUCGACUUCUUCGAGGACUCUUUGGCAAAUAACUCCUACGAGUGGAAGAAGGUUGUCGAUGAGUUCAUGUUCACUGGCGACGAGCCUCUGGUCCAUGGGCUUAUUGGUGGUCUUGGCCACCCCCUCAUCCACCUCGGAUACGCUUACGAGAUGAAUUCCAAGGAGAUCGCGAUCGAGGCACUAGCAUUGGCUGCCACGCAAUACAACUUUUUCCACCGAUACCUCGACGACAAGAAAUACACGAAACCGUCACCGUUUAGCUCAAAGUCGACGUUCGAGCUGAUUCACAAGAUCGCAGAUGACAAGCGACUCGAUGGAUUGUUCAAGGAACCGUCCUUGGGCAACCUCGACGUCUUGUUUGCAAAGCACGAAGACAUUGUCAUGGAAUACUGGAAUGCCUGGACCAUCACAGACCCGGUGAAGCAGUUCGAAGAGUCACAGGAGCUUGCGGUUGCGCUCCUCGUCGCAACCAUACCCCGCGGCACCCACGGAUAUAACUUCUUCACGGUGCAUCUCCUCACCACGAGCCACGCCGUCCGAAUUCUUCUCCCGGUGAUUCCGGCCAAGUUUCACAUAAGCUUAGUAAGGGAGUGGUGGUUGCUCGUACUCGGUGUCUAUAUCUCCCUAUUGCGGCCAAAUAUCGACCCCGAUAAUGUAGAUACGGAUUUGAAGCAACGUCACUGGAGACAUGUUGAGCACGAGGCUCUGAACUCUCAAUGGGCCACCGACGCCCACUAUGUCAAAGCGAUUCGCGCCAUGAAAGAGGCUUCUAGGACCUGGGGUGACGUACAUGAGCGGUACCUGGCGUCUGCUCUGACGUUUGUCGACAACUUCCGUGGGUGGACUUUUGGAGCUGCUGACUUGAAGUCUGGGGGUAACUAUUGAAGCAAACAUGCUCUUGGGAACGAAUUUGUCCUGAUGCGUGGCGCAUAACGGGGAACAAGCUGGAUUCACUUAGCUUGGACUGUCUUUAAUUUAUCCUUACUGUACAACAUCUGGGUACAUAGCAUGGGAAUGACUUUGAAUGUGU